AAGCUCCAAUCAAAAGUCACAUGAUCAGGCGCUGCCUACCGAGGGAGCAGCAGGAUCAUCUGAGCCUGCAGGAGUUAGAUGAGGAGUGAACGUUACAGGUGGAGCAGGAGAACAACGGCAGCCUGGAGGGUGUUUUCUGCUGCACGCAGCCCGGACAGCUCAGCUCAGCCCCGAGUGGGACCAUGACCAUGAUCUCCUCCAGCAUCCUUCACCAGUAGCUGGACAGAAUGGCUUUUGCUCCUCCUUCCAGAGAAGACACCAGCAGCUCAUUAGCUCUGCGCUGGAGGCUAACACCGACAUAGAUACACACCACGCAGGACACUGACUCACACUCAUAGCAGGCAGAGCUGCACUCUACAGGCCUGGUUGAAGAUCUGCGUGAACUGCUGUGAACACACUACUCGUGCCUGAGCUGCACAUGUCCGGGGCAGCGGCGUCCCCUCAGCGUUACAACGUCUGGACUGAGACCGUGGACCAUGUUCUCUCUCUGAUUAAUGCUGCGGUGGCAGAGCUGGAUCGUGCAGCUCUUCCACACUGAGACAAACCUGGACUCUGAGCCAUGUCUCUUCUCUCAGCGCUGAGCAUCGUCUGUGGAUUGAUGCUCCAUGUUGCACUCAGUGCACUCAACACUCACUACUGUGCUCCACGAAAGACUGUCCCAUAUGAGAAUGAGCUGAAGAUUUUCAGAGAGGAGGGGAUCUCCAACUACUCCACUAUGUUGAUGAGAGACGACCUGGGCGUACUGCUGCUGGGGGCCAGAGAGGCCAUAUAUGCUCUGGACAUCGACGACAUCUCAGUGAGAAAGUCUGCGGUGUACUGGCGAGUGACCGAGGAGAAGCAGAGGGAGUGCACUUACAAGGGAAAACACGCUGAGGUGGAAUGCCGCAACUACAUUCGAACCCUGCACCGAGUGAAUGACACCGCGAUGUAUGUGUGUGGCACCAAUGCUUUUAGCCCCACCUGUGAUUAUAUGACUUUUGUCAGCGGACAGCUGAGGCUGCAGGGAAAGCAGGAGGAGGGGAAGGGGAAGUGUCCUUUUGAUCCCUUCCAGAGAUACUCCUCCCUCAUGGUUGGAAAUGACCUGUAUUCUGCUACAUCCAUCAACUUCUUGGGCUCCGAGCCUGUGGUUCUGCGCAGUUCAAACUUGGCUCUCCGCACUGAGUUUAAGAGCUCCUGGCUCAGUGAGCCAAACUUUGUCUACAUGGACUUUGUUGGGGAGAGUUUUGACAGUUCAGAUGGCGACGAUGAUAAGGUGUACCUGUUCUUCAGCGAGAACGCCAUGGAGUAUGACUUCUACAGCAAAGUCACAGUGUCACGAGUGGCCCGUGUCUGCAAGGGGGAUAUGGGCGGCCAGCGGACGCUGCAGAGGAAAUGGACGUCGUUUCUGAAAGCUCGUCUGGAUUGUUCCCUCCCUGAACCCAGCCUGCCCCCAAUUGUCCAGGAUGUCUUCCUGCUGAAGCACGAGGAUUGGAGGAAGAGUGUCUUCUAUGCUGUCUUCACGCCGCAGUCAAGAAAGUCACUUUGGAGAAACAACAAGGGUCUGCUGUACGCAGGUUCAGAGUUUGGUUCUGUUCAGAUGCCAGUCAGUAACUGCAGCCGCUACGACACAUGUGUGGACUGCAUCCUGGCCAGGGAUCCGUACUGUGCCUGGGACUUUUCCACUGAGCGCUGCUCCUCGGUCCACAGCUUACCCCCCUCCUCAAUUAGUGCAAUGCAGAGUCUGAAGGAGGGAGACGUCUCACGCUGUCCUCAACCAGAUCCAGUUGCAGCUGUGGACUUCACCCUUGUCCCACAGAACAACAUCCAGCUGUCUUGCCAGCUCCACUCCAAUUUGGCACAGGUUGUCUGGCGUUUCUCCGACCAAACACUUCACUCCAACCACAAAUACUACAUCUACGGCGGAGGCCUCCUCAUCUUGAGCGCCUCUGAAUCGGACGCUGGUCUUUACACCUGUGACUCAGUAGAGCAGAUAAACGGCAGAACAUACAACCGAACUGUGGCGGUUUAUCGUUUAAAGCUCUACUCUGACCCGGGAGUGGGGGAAAGCACCACUCCUGGCACUGAGGUGACGAAUUCCUGGGACUCUUCUCACACUCUGAACACAACUGCUCUGGUGCCAAACCAGGGUGAGGACCCGUCGUCCCCGGAGACGCACAGCGACACUGGCAGAGUGACUCGUUUGGAGGUGGCCGUGGCUCUGCUCUCGCUGCUUUGCCUCUGCCUGAUGGGGGUCAUAUUUUGCAUCUGGAGUGGAGGACGCUGGGCGUGCUUUAGAUUUACGCCGGUGCUCCAGAGCCCCAGUGAGAGCGAGGGGAAGCGGAAGACGUCGUGCGAAUACAUGCACAUCCAGAACAGGACGUCAGAGGUAAAGUUUCUGGGGCCUGAAUCUGGGAGCACUUGUGCAGCCAAUAAUAAUCACACUACUGUGGACUUCAAAGGGAACGGCGAGCACCACUUCACACCUAUGGCCAACAUUUCAAGUCUGGAUGGUCUCGGAUACAUAAACGAUGAGUCAGAGAUUUGACUCUGCUGAGUUAUGGGAUUCAGUCGGAGGCCAACGCCAGUGCACUAAUUAUCUUUCUAUAGGUGUACAUCUGAAGAGAGACGGUUCUCAGAAAAGACAUUAUAAAUUCUUUUGAUAGGUGCUCUGGUUCUCCGCGCAAAUUUCCUGCACUGUCUAUCAUUUCCACACUGUAACAUGGCAGCUGAGGUUUAGUGUAAAGACUUUCUCUGGUGGGAUCUCCACGCUAGGAAAGACAUUUUUAUAUAUAAAUGUAUGUAUUUUUUGUACAAUGACAACUAAAGUGAAUACACUUUGUGUAACAUAUUUUGUAAUGUGCCAAGACAUUUUCUUUUUUUCAGCUAUUUAUUAGUCGCACCGAAAUUUUUAUUUCAGCUUCAAACUCUUAAUAAGUCCUGUAAAUAUGGUCGACAACAAUGAACAAGUAGCAAACACUGUGACCUCUCCUCCGUUCCCAGUCACAUUUAAUUUUAUGGAUACUACUGUUUAUUUAAGACAACAUUCAUCAGCAUCACUGGCUGUUAAUGAUUAAUCAGUCCUCUAUGCUGCUCCUUUAUUUCAUGGUGGCUGUUAAAGAAUUAAUGCCACAACUUUGUAUUUAAACAUUCAAACGACGCUCAACUGGUGAUACAGAGCAUAAGUGAACUUUAUAACUCCUCUUUCUUCCUUAACCAAAAAAAAAAAUUGAUGAUCUUACUCAAGUAAAUGUUACAUAAUCAUUUACAGUUCAAUUGUGUAACCAAGGUUGUUUUAGCUAUAUUUUACAUUCCAGGCAUAUUCUUACUGUGAAAAAAGAUAAAAUGUCUUUGGGAUGUAGAUAUGCGGGUGAACAUUUCUGGCAGUGAGUCAACUCAGAGAGACACAUCUCAGUUAAGUGAUAGUGUCAAGCUUUGGAAAAUGCGGUCCAUGUUCAUAAUAAUAAUAAUAAAAACUCAUUAGCCGUUUGGCGCAUAUGCUGCUCUCAGUGUCUAAGAAUUGCAUUUGAAAGCAAAGCCAGAACGAACAUGUCUUGAUUUUUGCAACACACACACACACACACACACACACACACACACACACACACACACACACACCUUGGUUAACACUGUGAGACAGACCAACUAAAUGACAGGAAUCUGCUCCGUGUUUUUCACACUGUCAUUAACAACAGCGCUCAGAGAGCUGCCUCAUGUUUCAUCUGAAGUGCUGUAGAUAUGAAAAGGAUGAAGUGGGUCUCUGCUCAAUUAUUCAACAGUGCUGUAUAAGAAAAUUGGUCAUGUACUAAGUUGAGGAUAU